GAAAGCAGAGAGGGCAGAAAUAAUGGAUCGUCUGCUGAGGAGAUGCCGAAUCAAGAGCAGCUUGAUCAGAGAAUGUCUGGCUGAAUUUUUCGGAGUCUAUGUUUUGAUACUUUUUGGGUGUGGCUCUGUUGCCCAGGUGACGACCUCUCAAAACACUAAGGGCGACUACCUGUCAAUCAACCUCGGAUUUGCACUGGGCACCACAUUUGGAAUCUACAUUGCAAAAGGGGUAUCAGGAGCUCACCUGAAUCCAGCGGUUUCCCUCAGCCUGUGUGUCCUGGGCAGAUUCUCCUGGACUCGUUUUCCUUUCUUUGUGUGGUCACAGAUUUUAGGUGCAUUUCUGGCUGCAGCAACUGUUGCUCUUCAGUACUAUGAUGCCAUAAUGGAUUUCACUGGAGGGCAUCUGACUGUUAGUGGUGCCACUGGCACAGCUGGUAUCUUCUCCACUUACCCAGCAGACUACCUGAGUCUAUGGGGAGGAGUGGUAGACCAGAUAAUUGGCACAGCCGCUCUGCUAGUAUGUGUUCUUGCAUUGGGAGAUCCUCAUAACACACCAGCACCUCCUGGUCUGGAGCCUGUCCUGGUAGGAGCAGUUGUCCUGGUCAUCGGGAUUUCAAUGGGAUCUAACAGUGGAUAUGCCAUCAACCCGGCACGAGACAUCGGACCAAGACUCUUCUCUUACAUUGCAGGCUGGGGAGACGAGGUGUUCAGGGCCGGACAUGGAUGGUGGUGGGUACCGUUGGUUGUAACAUGUGUUGGUGCUCUUCUGGGUUCAUUACUUUAUGAGCUGCUGAUUGGAGUACAUCAUCCAGACUCAGAGCCAAUGGAUCCCGAAGGCCUGACAGCGAAGGUCCAGCAAACUCUGGAGCUGGAGGGUGUCCAGUCCAAGUUUGACACCAUUAAAGAAAACGGCAAGGAAAAGAUCUUUUCCAUAACCUCAGCGGAUAUAAGAUAAAGUGAAAAGAAUCGGUAAAACGCGUGAUGGAAUCUGAUUUGUUACU